AGGGAGGGGGAGAGAGAGAGAAGGAGAGGGAGAGAGAGGGAGGGGCAGAGGAACCGACAACGCGGAAGUUGGACAAAACUGACCAGCAACUGAGACGAGGAGAGGUCCCUAACCAGAGACCGACCGGGUGGCCGGGAGGGGAGAGAGAGAGAGUGACAUGGACAAGGCCAUAAAAGAAGGACAACUUCAGGUCCUACAUCUCAAGUUUGGCAAGAAAAUCUGGAGAAAGAACUGGUUUGUCCUGUAUCCCGCCAGCCAGCAUGGCAUCUCCCGGCUGGAAUUCUACGAUUGCAAAGAUGGCUCCAACGUGUCGGAGAAACAAGCUACCAAGAAGCUGGACAAGAAGAUUAUCCGGCUGGCGGACUGCAUCAGUAUCACUCCCCUUCCCGGUGAGACCUGCCCAAAGGAAAUGACUGCCUUCAGCAUUGAGACUGGAGAGAAGCUCUACACCUUUGCUGCCGAGAAACUGACCAGCUCUGAGUGGGUGGAGAAGCUGUGUGAGACCGCGUUUCCAUCGCCAAGUGACUCCUUCUGUGGGGCAAACUCAAAACCUGUGUCGUUGGAGAUGGCGGAAAACAGCCUCUACUACUCCAGAGAAGAAGUGAACGAGUUCUGGGUGGCAGUACAGAAGACGGAGGCGGCAGAGAGGUGCGGGCUACAUGGGAGAUACCUGCUGAAGGCUGACCAGGAAGCUCUGGUGCUGAAAGAUGCCAAAACCAAGCAGCCCCUCUACAUGUGGCCAUACAAGCUGCUGAGGCGAUAUGGGAGGGACAAGAUCAUGUUCUCUUUUGAAGCCGGGCGACGCUGUGAAUCUGGAGCGGGAAACUUCACCUUUGAGACCAAGCAUGGCAACGACAUCUUCCUUCUAGUGGAGUGUGGGAUCCGGGAGCAGAAAGCCCAGGCUGAGGAAAACCGCAGGAGCUUUCACUCCUCCGAGCAGGACCUGAGUGGGUACGCGGAGGCUGGGGCCGAGCGGGGCUCUCAGGACCCCGUCUUCCCCAAUCUCUACUCCUCCUCCUCUUCCUCCUCCUCCAGUGAGGUGGGGGUGGGGGUCUCGAAGCUGACAGUGGCUUCCCGAGUCAACCCUAUGGGGGCGGAGGAGAAGGACCUCCCCAAACUCCUGAAAGGCCGCAGUCUGCCUGACCCGCCCGCCACCCCUCCCCGCUCGCCCAUUCCCAAGACUGCCAAGCCCCAAGUGAACUCUGACCCCAGCUCCAUAUAUUCAGACCCCGUGGAUGCAGUGAAGGUGCCCAGCAGGCCUCAGCACAGGGCUGACAGCCUCUACUCCGACCCCCUGGACAAUCUGCCCAGGUGCCCGGCGAAGGAGGGUAAAGCUCCAGUACCCCCACGCCGGGGGGGCAGGGGAGAGCCGCUGUACGCUGACUUGUACGAGAGAGUCAAGUAUGACCCUGCUGGGCCUGUGGCCUUCCCUAGGUCUGGAGGCAGGGCCCUGGAUCACAUUUACGACGAGCCCGAGGGCUGGGGCCAACAACCUCUUCCAGACCCAAGCACCAUCUACGACGAAGCGAAAACCACAGACAUGGGCGAUGCUUGGAAGAGGAAAGGAACGAGCGAGGUGGUGGGCCACGAGGUGCCUUACAAUCCCUGCAUGGACGAUUAUUUGGUGCCUCCUGUGGCCAAGGGUGGGCAGGAGCCCGCCAGGAACAGGAAGCUCAAACCUCUGCCAGGGCCCAAGCCCCUAGUUGGCAAUCUGAAAGACAGACGCUCAGAGACAAAGGAUCAGGGACAGCCCGUGAACGAUAGACCGCAGGGCAGAGGGAAUUUCAACUGCUCCAACAACUGCAUCUACAGUAUGGUCGUGAAAUCUGCCAGGUCAGGCCAGGCUGGGCAGGAGAUGUCAGUCGAUGGCUCCGGCCUCCCCCAGGAAUCAAUUUAUGAGGAUUUGGGGAAUGUUUGAGAGAGAGAGAGAGAGAGAGAGACAACAGAGAACAAGAGAGACACACACAGUCACAGAGGCGGCAUCUGAGAAAGACAACUGAGAGAGAGUACAGGGCACGGCAAACACUCAACCUUUGGGAGAAUUAUUUUUAUCACUUUUAUGUUUCAUUUGAAUAUCUUCUUUCUUGCUCGGCUGCCUUAUCGUCUAGCAGGGAGUGAAGUGAUGAAAUAUUCCAUAACUCUUUCUCUGCUUUUUUUUUAAAAUGGAGCUUAAACUCCUGCCCAGAAAGAUUGGACGUACGGAAGAUUUUUUUGUUUUUUUUACUAUUAAAGAGAUUUUUAUUUACAGCUGAGCCUGUAAAAUCGAGAUGGGGGAUUGGGAGGGUAGGGGAGGGAGUGAAUAUCGGGGCCUCUGAUGUAUGAAACACUGGCUGUGCCACAAUUAAUGAAUUUGUGAAUGUGUCUGGA